AUGUGUUUUUACCCACUUCUAGAUACAUGUCAAGGUGAUUCUGGUGGACCUCUUAUGCGAUUUGAGAGUGCACAACGUCAGUGGGUGCUUACUGGUGUAACAAGUUUUGGUAAAGGCUGCGGUGAUCCACGGUAUGCUGGCGUAUAUACUCGCGUAGCUGUUUAUACUGAUUGGUUAAAGAGUAUUAUUGGCAACGAUGGUCUUGUUGAAGUAGAAGUUGGCCAAGAAGUCGUACAGCCUACAAUAUUUACCCCCAUCACAACUACCAUCCUUUCAACAACAAGUCCCCAAACAACGACAACGAAAAAGGCACCAGUUCAAACCACCUCAUUGUCAACGAAUAAUAAUGCUUCACUGAUGAUUGCUUCGUAUGCAUUUACUUUUCUCUUUUUUCUUUUUGCAUUUCAAUAUUACCUUUAA